AUGUCCGAUCUCCAGCCUAGUAGUCAUCUUCCUCCUUCUCCCGACGUCUCACACGCACAACUCACGCAAUGGAGUGCCGACGGGCAUACCAAUGUCGGUCAGAGCAGUGCCUCUGAACAGAGCAAUGAGGAAGCCAGCACCGAUGAAUGGAUCUACGAGGAUAGGAGGGUCGGAAGGGUCUUCAGAGGCUGGCGGGACGCACGUUUUCAGGGAACACUGGCCCUGGCCCUCUCCGCUCGGAUCCCGCUCGAGGUCUUCGAGCUCGUUAUUGACGCGAUGAUCGGUGAUCAGCCCGCAUUGGCCGCGGCGGCGCUGGUCUGCCCAAUGUGGUAUCCUCGCGCGAUGCAGAACCUCUACUAUGCCGUCGAGAUUCGCAGUCGCACCAGCUUCAACAUGCUGUUCAAACAGUGCCACGCGUCACCAAGCGUCAAGCAGUGGCUCGCGAGCACAUACCGGCUACUGGCCGACGAAGAACAUCACACCCUUCAGGCACUACCAUCCGCACUCGCUGGUGUGAUGCCUCGUGUACGCAUUUUUCACCUCGAGCGUGGAGACCGUCGCUUCAUCCGCACAGACUUCUUCCUCGCCCUGUCGAGGUUCAAGUCUGUCAAGUCGUUGACGCUCAGCCGUUGCCUAUUCAACAACAUCACGCAGUUACGGCAGAUUGUAUAUGCCUUCCCCCAGCUUACAGACCUCACGUUAGAUGUUGAGAUCGCUCAGCAAGGCGCUGCCAGCUACGCGGGAGCCUCGCCAUUUUACCCAUCGUCUCACAUUCGUCUUCGAUCCGUUGAGAUCGACGUGCGCCAGCAAGAAGCCAUGGCGAUGUUCCUCGUCUGGAUGACGCACUCAGGCCUCUGCACCUCACUUGCGGAUCUGAAAGUUUGGUUGGUCUAUCCCUCCGCGACAUGGCAGAUGCCCCUUAACAACCUCCUCGAAGCGGCAGGGGCAUCGUUGACCCGUUACUGCGAGAUACUUUACCAUGACGAUGAAGACUAUACUCACAGCAAUCUGUCGCAAAACACCUCACUGCGAUCCUGGGACUUCACACUGCAAGCCAUUCAGCACAUCCGAGUUCAAGACAAGGGGCCUCGUGCGGCGUGGACCCAAGCAACGGACGAGUUACAUGGUGUCCUCUCCACCAUCCGAAGCCAUCAGCUCGAGCACAUCGCGGUCCGCAUCACACCCCGUUUCGACGAUGACAUUCUCGCUCCUCAAGAGCCCAAUGCUGUCCUAGAGGCACUCAAUCUACGGGACCUGCACGAGGUCAUGAGCCGGCCAUACUUCGACGCAUUGCAGGAUGUCGAGGUGACGACGUACCUGAGUCAUCGGAUUAAUCAUAUUUUGGAUGUGGUCGUAUUCAGGGAGAAGCUCGAGACCAUCUUCCGUGGCUUGUUGCAGCCAUGGUCUGCUCGUGGCGUAGUCGCCGUCACCUACAAGCACAGUUGA